UCCGCGGUGAGCUUCUACUCCACGGACGGAUCGCUGCUACAGCAGGUGUUGGUGCUGCUAAGUGUGUGUGUGUGUGUGAGUGUGAGAGAGAGAGAGAGAGAGAGAGAGAGAGAGAGAUAGUCCUACUCUACAGUGAUGGAGCAGUGUGCCUGUGUGGAGCGAGAGUUGGAGAAAGUGUUGCACAGGUUCGUGACGUACGGGCACCAGUCUGAGGAGCGUCUGGACGAGCUGCUGCGGAACGUGUGUGAACUUCGCAGCCAGCUGGUCACCUUCGGUGUACAAGAUGCGGAUUUGUCCGUACUCUCUCAGACGAUGGCGCAGUGCUGUAAGGAAAUCAAAGAAACAGUGCAGAUGCUCGCCUCUCGCCACAAGGACAUCCACGGCAGCGUGUCCAAAGUGGGCAAAGCUAUCGACCGCAACUUUGAUGCGGAGGUGAGUGCUGUGGUGGCUGAGAACGUGUGGGACUCUCCCGAGAAACAGAGGAACCUUAGUGAGACCAUUGUGGAGCACCUGUACCGCCAGGGCAUGCUGAGCGUGGCUGAGGACCUCUGCCAGGAGUCUGGUGUGGUUAUCGACAUGAGCAUGAAGCAGCCGUUUCUGGAGCUCAACCGCAUUCUCGAGGCGUUAAGAAUGCAGGACCUCAGGCCAGCACUAGAAUGGGCUGUGACGAACCGACAGAGGCUGCUGGAUCUGAACAGCAGUCUGGAGUUCAAGCUCCACAGGCUCUACUUCAUCAGCCUGCUCAACGGAGGCGUGGACAACCAGCUGGAAGCAUUGCACUAUGCCCGCCACUUCCAGCCCUUCGCCGUCCAACACCAGAGAGAUAUCCAGGUGUUAAUGGGCAGCCUCGUUUACCUGCGCAAUGGCAUUGAAAACUCACCCUACCGCAGCCUGCUGGAGACCAACCAGUGGGCGGAAAUCUGCAACAUCUUCACCCGCGACGCCUGCGCCCUGCUCGGCCUGUCCGUGGAGUCGCCCCUCAGCGUCAGUUUUGCGUCUGGCUGCAUGGCGCUGCCUGUGCUGAUGAACAUUAAGCAGGUAAUCGAGCAGAGACAGUGCAGCGGCGUCUGGACACACAAGGACGAACUGCCUAUUGAAAUAGACCUGGGCAAAAAGUGCUGGUAUCACUCUGUGUUUGCGUGUCCCAUCCUGAGGCAGCAGACGUCAGAGAGUAACCCACCCAUGAAGCUCAUCUGUGGGCACGUCAUCUCCAGAGACGCCCUUAACAAACUCACCAACGCUGGGAAGCUGAAGUGCCCGUACUGUCCAAUGGAGCAGAACCCUUCGGACGCUAAGCAGAUCUACUUCUGACUUUGCGGAGGAGAGCAGAUUAAAGCAGCGGACGCUCUGCUGUGUCGGAAGCUCACUGGAGUGGCUGAGUUGGAAUGAUCCACGUUCACGGGCACGCCGAGUCCCCCUUUGUGGCGGCUCGAACCGUGGAGCCGCUUCCCCUCCUAAGCUUUUAGUUGGCAGAGGCCGGUGGUCAUGACAACACACACACACACACACCUGUAGAUCCGAGUCAGUAAGUGAAAAUAUCACAAGGACAAACCUCAACGGAUCAUUUGUUCAUACACGCUCAUUUAUGACAGACUCACAGGCUUUUAUAAGUAUAUGUGUGGUGUUUUUUUUUCUCCUCAUUAAUUUUGUUUUAAUUUGAGAUUCCUUUUUCAGUUUCCCUCUUUUUUUUUCCCUCCUUUUGACUACGAGACUGGGCUGUAUGCUUGUGAACAGGUGUGUGAACCUCUUGCAUAGUAUGUUUCUGCUGUUGCUUAUUUCCAGAUAUUUAAACGACUAUAUAUAGGGGCAUUCUGCCUUGUGUACAUGACAGAAGCGGCUUUUCAGCAAGUAUAUUCACAGAGAUGUAUUGAAUAAGGCCGCGAGUUAUUUGGUGGAGGGCUUGUUGGUGAGGUUUUGUGCCUGUUGUGAACAGGACGUCGAUUGUAACUGAAUGACGCCGCUCUUCCUGAUGGUGUAUAAUAAUAAUAAAAGUGUGAUCAGA